AUGACUGCCGCAAAAGAAAAAGCCCAGAACUUGAUCCGGUUUAACCCGGAUCAGGUUGAAUGGACAUCCUGGAAGUCCCUCCUUAAAAACUACCUGUCCCUCACAGAGACUACAGCUGCGAAGCAAAAGGAAGUGCUGAUUAACAGCCUGGAAUUGCGCGCCUUUCAGGAUGUUGUCAGCGCUUGCCGACCGAAAGAUCCGACCGAAUUUUCGUAUGAUGAGCUGCUGAAGAAACUGGACGACAUAUAUAUCAAGGUGACCUAUCAGACAACUGAAUGGGCAUCCUUCUUCAGAACACGCCAGCAGUCCAGCCAGUCAUUGGUACAGUUCUCUAAUGAACUGCGAAACAGGACCUACACAUGUAAGUUCCCGGGGGCCAUACUGGAAGAUCUGCUGAGCGCUGUAUUUGUUGCGGGAGUUCACAGCGAUACAACGAGAAGACACCUUAUGUCACAAGAGCUGAAGUCGUUUGAUGAAACACUCCAGCUUGCCAGAAGGUUUGAGACGGGACAGGAGCAAGCAAAGAUGAACAAUAACCUGGAGGAGGAUAUACCCACCUCGGUAAAGGUCAUCCGGAAAGCUGGAAGAGGCAACGCAGCGAGACAGCAGAGUCCGCGGAAGACGAAGCCCUGCUACCGAUGCGUCCUUGGAGCUUGCUACGUGGGAGUUAAACGCGACGGCGGCAGUGAAGAACGGUUGAUGGAACUCAUUGUGGUCGAGGAAGGCACGAACGUCUUGGGAAGGGACUGGAUCACCGCGUUCAACCUCCAACACCACAAGAUGUCUGAACUGGCGAUUGGUCAGGUGCACGAGGAAAGGUCACUAGAAUCCAUACUGAAAGCGAACAAGAAUCUCUUUCGGGAAGAACUCGGAUGCUGCCGGACGUUCCAGGCGCAUCUCCACCUGAAGCCGGAUGCAGUGCCAAAGUACUGCAAGCCACGCCCCGUGCCCUUUGCGCUACGAGAGCCUGUGGAGAAGGACAUUGAGCGCCUCGAGAGACUGGGCGUCCUAGAACGGAUCGAGCGAUCGGCAUGGGCGGCGCCGAUAGUAGUGGUGCGGAAGCAAGGCGGAGCAGUGCGGAUAUGCGCGGACCUGAGCACCGGGCUCAACGAUGCCCUGGAUGUGCAGCGGUACCCACUGCCCUUGCCGGACGAGUUAUUUGCCAUUCUCAAUGGCGGUGAGGAAUUUACCACGAUUGAUAUGUCCGAUGCAUAUCAUCAAGUGCCACUGGAUGAAGCGAGCCCGCCCAGCAUCUUCCAACAGAUGAUGGAAGAACUGCUGAAUGGCAUCCCGUACGUAGCUGUGUACAUGGACGACAUUAUAAUCACAGGCAGAACACGACGGGAGCACCUUGCAAAUCUGGCCGAAGUAGCCGAACGAAUGAACCGACAAGGAUUCACCCUGAAACAGCAGAAGUGCAACUUCCUUCAGCUGUCGGUAGAAUACUUGGGAUUCGUGGUUGACAGAAACGGCCGACAUGUGUCCGAAACAAAGAUUCGCGCGAUAAUGGAGAUGCCAGCACCGGUGGACGUUGCCCAGGUGCGAUCCUUCCUGGGAAUGAUCAACCAUUACGGCAAGUUCAUUCACCAGCUGGCGACCAAGACGUACUGCCUCAACGCCCUGCUGAAAGUGGACGUCAAGUGGGAAUGGUCAGGAGAAUGUGAUGGUGCCUUCCGCAGCCUGAAGGCGGAGCUGGCACAAGCUACAAUGCUGGUGCAUUACGAUCCUGCGAAGCCGCUAAUCCUCGCAGCGGAUGCGUCGCAGUACGGGAUCGGAGCGGUUAUCAGCCACCGCGGACCGAGCGGAGAAGACCAGCCCAUUGCCCAUGCAUCAAAGACGUUGACGCAAACUGAACAGCGGUACGCGCAGAUAGAGAAAGAGGCGUUGGCUUUAGUCUUCGGUGUGAAGAAGUUCGACCAGUACCUGGCUGGUCGGGAGUUCACACUCCUUACAGACCACAAGCCGUUGGUCACGGUGUUCGGCCGGAAGACUGGAAUUCCUGCGGUAUCUGCCAACCGCCUCCAGCGAUGGGCCAUUGCACUCAUGGCAUAUACCUUCACCAUCGAGUACCGGUCCACCGAUGACUUCGGGCAGGCUGACGGAUUGAGCCGGCUCCCCCUGCACUCGAAGGAUAUCUUCGAUGCCAAUGAUUGGGGAAUGCACGAAGCCAUACAUGCCGUCCAGAUGGAAGUGUUGCGUGAGACACCGGUGGACGCGAUGCAGAUCGCCAGUGAAACUGGUAAGGACCGUGUGUUAGCGCGGUGCCGUCACCUGGUGCUAACUGGAUGGCCAGACAAAGCGGCGCCGGACCUCCAACCGUACCACCAACGGCGGCUUCAGCUGUCCGUGGUUGCUGGGUGCAUCCUGUGGGGAGCGAGGACGGUCAUUCCGACGUCCCUCCAGCCAGCGCUGCUGAAACACUUGCACGCGACACAUGCCGGCAUGUGGCCGGAAGUCAUCAAGAUGCGGCGGACGCAGUCCGGCGACGUGAUCGCCGUGCUGGAGCACUUGUGCGGCCGUUAUGGAUACCCGAAACAGCUGGUAACCGAUAACGGGCCACAGUUCACCAGUGCCGAGUUUGCAGACUACUGCAAAGAAAACGGGAUUGCACACCUGCGCACGGCGCCUGGACACCCGCAAUCCAACGGGCAGGCGGAACGUUAUGUCGGCGCAUUCAAGGACGCCAUGACCAAGAUGUUGGCCGACAACCGUGCCAACAUCGACGAUGCACUGCGGAAAUACCUAUUCAGGUAUCGUACGACACCGCAAGCCACCACUGGAAGUUCGCCCGAUGAGCUAUUCCUCAAGCGCCGAAUGCGCACAGCGCUGGAUUUGGUACAUCCAGACGCGAACGAGACACGGCAAGCCAACAUGGACCGUCAUAAACGUAACUUCGAUCAGCAUGCCAAAGCGAAAAACUUCCAUGGCGGACAGCUGGUGUUAGUACGUGAUUUCCGCCACGGUCCUAAAACCCAUUGGACACCCGGCCAGCUGCGGUCUAAGAAAGGAAACCGUCAAUGGACAGUUACGGUCGACGGCCAAGAGUGGUUCCGCCACGAAGACCAGAUCAGGCCGCGUGAAUGGCGUACUGCAGCUGAGCCCAACGACGUUACAUCGCCAACAGUGCCAAAGGCGAUGAUAUCGGAAAUCCCACAGCGUGACCAGCAACCUGCAAUAGCGGAGCCUGUCAUCCAGCCACAGCCGGAACCAGCUCCGAGGACAGAACUUCCUCCGGUAGCAGUGCCUGCUACAACGAAUCCUGCUCCUCCAUUGCGUGUGUCAGCGAGAGCGAAUAAGGGAGUCGAGCCAAUACGAUACGGAUAUACAAAAUAAAAUUUUUUUUUAUCGGGGGAAGGAGAUGUAGUGUAUGAUGUUGCUAAGUGCAAAAGGUCAUGAGUUGUGGUGUGCGUUAAUACUGAUGAUUUAGUACGAUUACCAGCUGGGUACGAGAA